AUGAACAGUCAGAUUGACACAGGUGCUACAGUCAAUGUGCUGAGCUACACUGACUUAUGUGAUGUCCUACAAGAUGGAAACCCAAGGCUGGAGCACAGCAAGGUCAGACUGAAGCCAUUCAAAGGAAAACUAAUCAAACCAAGAGGACAGACAGCACUAGAAGUCCAGGUCAAGAAUGGUCCAGUACACCUGCUUCAAUUUCAGAUAGUUGAUGGAUCAAGUCAAGUUCCAAUCCUAUCAGGUGACUCUAGCAAGGACUUAGGGUUAGUCACAAGAAACAACCCAGAGCGGAUAGAGAUCCUUAGUCAAGCAACAGAACAGCCUUUGACGAAAGAGCAGAUAAUGAAGGAAUACAAGGAUGUAUUCACAGGGCUGGGAUGUCUGCCUGGAGAAUAUCACCUUGAGACUGACAAGACAGUGAAACCGGUACAACACAUGCCACGGAGGGUACCAGCAGCACUCAAACCAAGCCUGAAAGACAAGAUAAGUGAGCUUGAGGAGAAGGGAGUCAUAAAGAAGGUGACAACUCCCACUGAGUGGAUCAGCAGCAUGGUAGCAGUGAAGAAACCAGGGAAACUGAGGAUUUGCAUAGACCCAAAGGAUCUAAACAAAGCCCUGAAAAGAUCACAUUAUCCGAUGCCUACCAUAGAAGAGAUCCUGCCCCAAUUGUCACAAGCCAAGGUGUUCACGAUCCUCGAUGCCAAAGAUGGAUAUUGGCAAGUGAAGUUGGAUAAAGAGAGUAGUUUCCUGACCACAUUCUGGACGCCAUUUGGUCGCUACCGAUGGCUGAGGAUGCCAUUUGGCAUUGCUACUGCUCCAGAAGAAUACCAGAGAAGACAACAUGAAGUAGUCCAAGGGUUACCAGGAGUAGAGGCAAUAGUUGAUGAUCUCCUAGUCUAUGGAAGUGGAGAAACCAUGGAGGAAGCGAUCAUCAAUCACGACCAGAACUUGAGGAGACUUCUAGAGAGAGCAAGACAAACCGAAGUCAGGUACAUUGGUCAUGUACUUACUGACAAAGGACUCUGCCCAGACCCAGAGAAGAUCAGAGCGGUUGCGGAACUGGAAAGGCCACGAGAUGUAAAGACGGUUCAACGUUUUGUAGGCUUCGUCAAUUACCUUGCCAAGUUCCUGCCACAUCUGUCAGAAGAGUGCGAACCACUGCGGCAACUUACACUUAAAGAAGUAAAGUGGUUCUGGGGUCCGGCACAGGAAAGAGCUUACAGCAGAGUAAAGAAGUUGGUGACAACAGCUCCAGUACUCUGGUACUACGACGUGAACGAAGAAGUUACAAUCCAAUGUGACGCCAGUGACACAGGCUUAGGAGCAACCCUCAUGCAGAUGUCACAACCAGCUGCGUUUGCAUCUAGGGCUCUGACGGAGACAGAACGAAGAUAUGCUCAAAUAGAGAAAGAAUGUCUAGCGAUAGUAUUCGCAUGCGAACACUUUCAUCAGUACCUAUUUGGGAAGGAGACAGUAACUGUAGAAUCAGACCACAAACCUCUACAGUCUAUCUUCCUGAAGCCAUUGCUGUCAGCCCCAAAGCGUCUGCAGCGGAUGCUGCUAAGAUUGCAAAAGUACAACCUCCAGGUCACAUACAAACAAGGGAAGCUUAUGUAUGUGGCUGACAUGUUGUCAAGAGCAGCACUACCGCUGAAAACCCAAGGAGAAGGAGGAUACUACGAAAUCUACACAGUCAGCCAACAAAGACAAAGAGAAUUCGAAGAAAUCAAUCCAAGAGAGUCGGUGAACUUCACAGACAAACGGUUCAAGCAAGUAGAAGAAAUGACCCAGAAGGAUGAGAUCCUACAGGUGCUCAAACAAGUCGUGAUCGAAGGUUGGCCAGAUACAGUAAACACUGUACCAGUAGAAAUACGCGAGUAUUGGGCUUAUCGCGAUGAGAUAACUUCGCACAAUGGUAUUCUCUACAAGGCCAACAGAGUCAUUAUACCGAAGCGGCUCAGAGGCGAACUACUGCAAAGGGUGCAUGCCAGCCAUCAAGGCAUGGAAUCUAGCCUGCGAAAAGCAAGAGAGACAAUCUUUUGGCCCAAAAUGAACCAUGAGAUACGGGAUGUAGUUCGACAAUGCAGUGUUUGCAACGAACAUCAGGCACAGCAGGCGAAACAGCCACUACUUCCUCGGGAAGUUCCAGACCGACCUUGGAAGACACUUGGCACAGACCUCUUCACACUGAAUGGGAAAGAUUAUCUCAUUACAGUAGAUUACUACUCAGACUUUUGGGAAGUAGAUGAGCUCCAGUCGACCACAAGUGCAGAUGUGAUUACAUGCCUGAAAUCACAGUUCAGCAGACAUGGCAUUCCCAAGGAAGUCAUCAGUGACAAUGGUCCACAGUACUCCAGUGAUGAGUUCAAAUGCUUAAUGGAGGAGUGGGAGAUACAUCAUACCACAUCUUCGCCUCAUCACCCCCAAUCCAACGGGAAGGCAGAAUCUGCUGUAAAGAUUGCCAAGAACAUCAUGAAGAAGUGCGCAAAGUCAGGCACAGAUAUCUACAAAGCAAUCUUAAAGUGGAGAAACACCCCCACCGAAGGAAUGCAGAGUAGUCCUGUCCAGAGAUUGAUGUCACGUCGGACACAGACAACACUGCCAACAGCACAACACCUGCUGAAGCCGAAAGUAGUGACAGGAGUUAAGCGAAAAAAGGUAGAGAAAGGCAAGAAAGCAAAGACACAGUUUGACAAAUCAACAAAAGAGCUACCAGACUUGAAGGUUGGACAAGCAGUCAGAGUUCAAUUAGCGAUCAACAAAGGAAAACCAACAUGGCAGCUAGGUGUUUGUAUGAGAAAGCUUUCACCAAGGUCUUAUGUGGUAAAAGUCAAUGAACAGCUCUACCGUCGAAAUCGCAAACGCAUUCAGUCAACCUAUGAAUCUUUGCCAGCGACUCCAGAUGUGUGGACCGACAUUCAACCUACCACGAACACAACAGGCCCACAGUGCAACAAUCCUGGAGAUGAAGAACAACGCGAGCAACAACAGCAAGCGACGCCAUCACCGGAAGUAGCCCACACCCGCACGCGAACCAUCAGGCCACAAAGUCGUUACAAGGACUAUGUCCAGCCGUAA